AUGAGCCGGGGCGCGGGCGCGCUUCAGCGCCGGACAACGACCUACCUCAUCUCGCUGACCCUGGUCAAGCUCGAGUCGGUUCCUCCGCCACCACCUUCUCCGUCUGCAGUCGCGGCCGGUGCUCCCGGGGCCAGAGGCACCGAGCCUGGGGAUCCGGGCAGUCCCCGCGGCGCGGAGGAGCCCGGCAAGAAGCGGCACGAGCGCCUCUUCCACCGGCAGGAUGCGCUGUGGAUCAGCACGAGCAGCGCGGGCGCGGGGGGCGCGGAGCCCCCGGCCCUGUCCCCAGCUCCGGCCAGCCCAGCCCGCCCUGUGUCCCCUGCACCCGGCCGCCGCCUGUCCCUCUGGGCCGCCCCUCCCGGACCCCCGCUCUCCGGGGGUCUGAGCCCCGACCCCAAGCCUGGGGGCGUCCCCACCUCCUCCAGGCGCCCUCUACUCAGCAGCCCCAGCUGGGGGGGCCCGGAGCCCGAAGGCCGACUGGGCGGCGGUGUCCCCGGCUCGUCCUCUCCGCACCCCGGCACCGGGAGCCGGAGACUCAAGGUGGCGCCUCCUCCGCCGGCUCCCAAGCCUUGCAAGACCGUGACCACGAGUGGAGCCAAAGCCGGCGGGGGCAAAGGCGCCGGCAGCCGCCUGUCAUGGCCCGAAAGCGAGGGCAAGCCCAGGGUCAAGGGGUCAAAGAGCAGUGCCGGGACUGGAGCUUCUGCCGCUACGGCCGCCGCCUCAGGGGGAGGGGGCGCUGCAGCCACGACCUCUGCUGGGGUCGGGGCUGGGGCCGGAGCCCGAGGGAAGCUGUCCCCUCGGAAAGGCAAGAGCAAGACCUUGGACAACAGUGACUUGCACCCAGGACCGCCUGCUGGCUCUCCUCCUCCGCUAACCAUUCCGGCCACCCCGACUCCAGCCGCUGCUGUCGCCGCCGCCGCCUCCACGCAGCCCCCCGGGCCUGCACCUCCAAUAACUCUGGAGCCUCCAGCUCCGGGUCUGAAGCGGGGCCGGGAGGGGGGCCGAGCAUCCACUCGUGACCGCAAGAUGCUCAAGUUUAUCAGCGGUAUCUUCACCAAGAGCACAGGGGGGCCACCUGGCUCCGGGCCCCCUCCCGGAGCCCCAAGCCUGUCUUCUGGCAGCGGGUCUAGGGAGCUGCUGGGCGUAGAGCUCCGCGCCUCCCCUAAGGCUGUGAUCAAUAGCCAGGAAUGGACUUUGAGCCGCUCCAUUCCUGAACUGCGUCUGGGUGUUCUGGGUGACACCAGGAGUGGGAAGUCGUCACUCAUCCACCGAUUCCUGACUGGUUCAUACCAGGUGCUGGAAAAGACCGAGAGUGAGCAGUACAAGAAAGAGAUGUUGGUGGAUGGGCAGACUCAUCUGGUGCUGAUCCGAGAGGAAGCUGGGGCUCCUGAUGCCAAGUUCUCAGGCUGGGCAGAUGCUGUUAUCUUCGUCUUCAGCCUGGAGGAUGAGAACAGUUUCCAGGCUGUGAGCCGUCUCCAUGGGCAGCUGAGCUCCCUUCGUGGGGAGGGGCGAGGAGGCCUGGCCCUGGCACUGGUAGGGACACAAGACAGGAUCAGUGCUUCCUCCCCUCGGGUGGUGGGUGAUGCUCGUGCCAGGGCUCUGUGCGCAGAUAUGAAACGCUGCAGCUAUUAUGAGACUUGUGCAACCUACGGGCUCAAUGUGGAUCGGGUCUUCCAGGAGGUGGCUCAGAAGGUGGUGACCUUGCGCAAACAGCAACAGCUUCUGGCUGCCUGCAAGUCCCUGCCCAGCUCUCCAAGCCACUCAGCUGCUUCCACCCCUGUAGCUGGGCAGGCUAGUAAUGGGGGCCACACUAGCGACUACUCUUCUUCCCUUCCAUCCUCCCCCAAUGUUGGUCACCGGGAACUCCGAGCUGAGGUGGCUGCAGUGGCUGGAUUGAGCACCCCAGGGUCCCUGCACCGGGCAGCCAAACGCAGGACCAGUCUCUUUGCGAAUCGCCGGGGUAGUGACUCUGAGAAGCGAAGCUUAGACAGCCGGGGAGAGACAACAGGGAGUGGGCGAGCCAUCCCUAUCAAACAGAGCUUCCUACUAAAGCGAAGUGGCAAUUCCUUGAACAAAGAAUGGAAGAAGAAAUAUGUGACCCUGUCCAGCAAUGGCUUCCUACUGUACCACCCCAGCAUUAAUGAUUACAUCCAUAGCACCCAUGGCAAGGAGAUGGACUUGCUACGAACAACAGUCAAAGUCCCAGGCAAGAGGCCCCCAAGGGCUAUCUCUGCCUUUGGCCCUUCAGCCAGCAUCAAUGGGCUGGUCAAGGACAUGAGCACUGUCCAGAUGGGUGAAGGCCCUGAAGCCACUAUUCCCACACCAAGCCCCAGCCCCAGCCCUAGUUCCCUGCAGCCACCACCAGACCAGACGUCGAAGCACCUGCUGAAGCCAGACAGAAAUUUGGCCCGAGCCCUCAGCACUGACUGUACCCCAUCUGGAGACCUGAGCCCCCUGAGUCGGGAACCCCCGCCUUCCCCCAUGGUGAAGAAGCAGAGGAGGAAAAAAUUGACCACACCAUCGAAGACUGAAGGUGCAGCGGUGCAGGCUGAAGCCAAGCGCAAAAUGUGGAAACUAAAAUCCUUUGGUAGUUUAAGAAAUAUUUAUAAAGCAGAGGAAAACUUUGAGUUCCUGAUCGUAUCCAGCACUGGUCAGACAUGGCACUUCGAGGCAGCCAGCUUCGAGGAGCGGGAUGCCUGGGUCCAGGCCAUUGAGAGUCAGAUCCUCGCUAGUCUGCAGUGCUGUGAGAGCAGCAAAGUCAAGCUGCGGACAGACAGCCAGAGUGAAGCUGUGGCCAUCCAGGCAAUCCGGAACGCCAAGGGAAACUCUAUCUGUGUGGACUGUGGGGCCCCCAACCCAACGUGGGCCAGCCUCAACCUGGGCGCACUCAUCUGCAUCGAGUGUUCUGGUAUUCACCGGAACCUGGGCACACACCUGUCCCGUGUUCGCUCACUCGACUUGGACGACUGGCCGCGGGAGCUGACCCUGGUGCUGACGGCCAUUGGCAACGAUAUGGCCAACCGCGUGUGGGAGAGUGACACUCGGGGCCGUGCCAAGCCCACGAAGGACUCUUCGAGGGAGGAACGGGAGUCGUGGAUUCGCGCCAAGUACGAGCAGCUGCUGUUUCUGGCACCGCUGGGCACUACGGAGGAGCCGUGGAGUCGCCAGCUGUGGGCCGCCGUGCAGGCCCAGGACGUGGCCGCCGUGCUCCUGCUGCUGGCACACGCGCGCCACGGGCCGCUCGACACCAGCGGGGAGGACCCGCAGCUCCGCUCCCCGCUCCACCUGGCGGCUGAGUUGGCCCACGUAGUCAUCACCCAGCUGCUGUUGUGGUAUGGAGCGGAUGUGGCGGCCCGCGACGCGCAGGGCCGCACGGCGCUGUUCUACGCGCGCCAGGCUGGAAGCCAGCUGUGUGCCGACAUCCUCCUCCAGCACGGCUGUCCCAGCGAAGGCGGCAGCACGGCCACCACGCCCAGCGCAGCUACCACGCCCAGCAUCACCGCCACCCCCAGCCCUCGCCGCCGGAGCAGCGCCGCUAGCGUGGGUCGCGCCGACGCCCCGGUCGCGCUGGUAUAGUGGCCCUGCAGCGGGAGAGACACCCCCACCCCCGCGCGGGCCGGGCACGACCACACUGGUUGGAUCACCGGACAGACGCACCCACUCACCUCUCCGACGCACACCCCGCCCCACGAGAGCACUUCCUACCCCCACGCGAGCACAGCCCCCACGCCUCCCCAGAAGACACGAACUCACCUCCCUCUCCCCAACGAGGCAUGGAGACCCCAGCUCGACACACCCCUUCACUAUUUUCACGCUCGAAUUGCUCUGGGUCUGCCCGCCCGCCUGGUGUUUGCAGAAGGGACGCCCCCAUCGCUGUGCCGGGCGCUUGGACUUGCCCGCUCGCGCGCGCCCCUAAAGGCGGGAAAGAGACCUAGCUCUGCCUACUCGACAGUCCUAUGGCCGGAGCCCAAACCCAGGCUGGUUCCUGGGGCGAUGCCUCGCCAGAGGGAGGGGUUCGUACGUGGAGGGCUAGCCCUGGGAUUUGGGGCCAAUAAGGGAUCCCUUACUCCUUCCAUGCUGAUCUCUCUGCCCUGUGAAGGGGAGAAGGGCAGCGAGGGGCAGGACCCCUGCUGCUCAUGGAGGUGGGGGCGUCCCUAACCCUUUCCGUGAAAGGGACCAAGAGCAGUGGAAAUCAGAAUGUCCCCCUACACCUACCCAUGGAUGGAAGCUAACGGACCAGGGGGAGCUAAGAGCCCGGUUCCCUCCUCUGCAAUCCUGGGAGGGAGAAGAGCUGGCUAAAGGGGCUGGGAAAGGGCCUUGUAAUUUAUUGCUUUGUUCCCCGACAUGGGGGUGGGGUGGGCAGGGGCGUGGGGAGGGUGUUUUGGGAUAGGGGAAGCCAAGGGUGGGCAGGGGCGGGGCGGGGUGCUCUCGGGUUGUGUCUGUGCCUGUGACUGCGUACCUGUGACUGUGCAGCCCCGUGGUGAUCUGGGGUAGGGGGCACCCCUACAAUGGGGCCCCUCCCCUAUUCUUUCUUUCUGUCCAGCCCCUCCCUCCCGCUGGAGCAGCUCCAGACCCUUCCCGCAACCUCACGCUCCCCCUAGCCGGGGCUGAGAGGGUGUGCAGUGGCUGCGUUUUCCAGGCCCCUAGGCCCCCAAAAGGGGGUGAUGGGGUGGACUUAACCUAGCCCAACUAUGCCUCCCUCAACCAACCCAGCCCUUGGACCGUCUGUGUCAGUGGUUUCCGGUCUUUUUUUUUUUUUUCUGGCUAAAAUAUUUUGCAAAAGACCAGGUAAUUGGGAGGGAAGUAGGGUGGGGGCAGAGGGGAUGCCCCCCACUCAUUUCCUCAGAGGCAGGUGGUGUGAAUCUUAAACAGCAAUUAAAGAGGAAGUGAUUUUGUCUAGGA